GUUUUGCAGGACAAGGGUUGUGUAGAUCAAUUGAGAAAUGUUGGGAAUCGGAUCUGUAUCGACAGGGACUUCCGCGGAGAAGAGGCAACAACCACAAGUUGCCGCCGAGAAGAGGGAAAAAGGAAGAUGCGAGAAGGGAUGCGUGAAGGUGUUAACCGAGGAGAUGAGGCGAAGAAUGGCAGGAGGAGGAACGUCGACACUGACAGCGGCGGAGAUUGAGCAAAAAGUUGCAGAAGGAGGGGGAUACCUCAGGGGGUUUAAACCACCAGCCAAUUACUCUUAUGAAAAGUAUGCCAACGAUAGCGACGACGAGCUUUUGCCUGAUCACGCUUUGCCUGAGCAUCGCCCUGAUUUUUACCAUAUUUGGCGUCAUUAUCACCACCAAGCUGCACAAACCAAUG